GGUGGGCUGUGCAAGUGCAUCGGGAUAAGAGACUCUUGUUGCUUUCUUAAACCUCCUCCCUCCCUCCCUCCCUCUCUUCUUUCCUUCUUAUCUAUCUUCACUCUCUCACUUCUUCUUCUUCUUCUUGAGAGAGAGAGAGAGAGAGAGAGAAUGGGGAAUUGCCAGGCUAUAGAUGCUGCAGCUCUAGUGAUACAGCAUCCUGAUGGGAGGAUAGAAAGGCUGUAUUGGCCCGUGAUGGCGAGCGAGGUCAUGAGGAACCACCCGGGCCACUACGUCUCCCUGAUAAUCCCGCUUCCGUCACCGCCGGCGUUUGAGGAAGAUGGCGGGAACCCAAAGGAGGUGCGAUUCACCCGAGUGAAGCUUCUGCGGCCGGGCGAAACCCUCGCUCUUGGUCACGCCUAUCGCCUUAUCACUUCUCAAGAGGUGAUGAAAGUCCUGAGAGCCAAGAAGUAUGCAAAGAUGAAGGAGCACCAACACCAGCCAGAGACAGCUGGGGAAUCAGAAUCCGAGGUGGGGGUAUCAGCACCCAGGAACACAAGUUGUCAGGCAGGAGGAGGAGGAGGAGGAGGAGGAGGGAGCUCUGACACAGAAAAGACCAACCAGGACGGCCGGUCGCGCAAACAUCGGAGCCUUAAACACCAGAACAACAGUCCGGCAAACUCCGCCUUGGCAAAGUCGAAACUAUGGCGCCCAACUCUUCAUAGCAUUUCCGAGGCAGCUAGCUGACCGCUGCUGAAGUUUUACAUGUGCCAAGUUUUUCUGAAGAUAAAUAUCAUGUGCCAGAGUUUGUCUUGAUGGGUUUGCAGAGAUGAUUAAUCAUUGUCGAACCUGGAGCUGCCGUUGCGAGCUAAACUUUGCCUUGUUAGCUGUUACCAGCCCUCUGUACAGUCAUAAGCAGCAGCAAUCGAUAUGUUUUCAUGAAAA